AUGUCAGAGAAUGGUAUGCAAGUUGAUGAAAUCAAAGAAGAACCCGUGUCUGAUGGAUCCAAUUACUCAAUGUCUGAAGUGGAGACGGAAACUAAACCUACAACCAUGAAUGCAGAUACGAAAGUAGAGGCCAAAAAACGAGUUCAUAACGAAGAUUCAGAUACCGAAGACACAAAAAGAAUAAAAACGGAAGACACUACGAAUGCUCAAACUCCUACUCCAGCCUACACAUCCCCUAGAAGUGCCUCCUCGCAACCAAUUACGGCUGCAAGUCCGCCAUUAAUCCAUACAGUUCAGUCUCCUCCCACAACGCAGGCUGCUCCUAAUAAACUAACUUGGCUUGACAAGCUGUCUGCUCUUCAUUUGACUGAGGUUCAGAAGGAAGCAUUAGAGAAGGCAAAGGCUUUUGCCCGCGAAAUGCAAUCUGUGCUCUUAAAAUCGACCGGAAAACCUAGCUCGCCUCCCCCGAUACCGUCCAUUCUCCUUACAUCGAAUCCAGGACUGGCUUCAGGAAUAGAUCCGCGCUCAUUAUCGGUGCUAUCUCGAAUAUACGUUGGCUCGAUCAAUUUCGAAUUGACAGAGCAGCAUCUCCGUGUUGUGUUUGGUCAAUUUGGUGCAAUCAAGAGUGUGAGUAUGUCUCUCGAUGCGGUCACAGGCAAGCAUAAAGGAUUUUGCUUUAUAGAAUUUGAAACACCGGAAGGGGCAUCUCUUGCACUGGAAUCAAUGAAUGGGGCAGAGCUUGGCGGAAGGCAAUUGAAAGUAGGGCGUCCAAAUAAUUACACAGCAGCAACAGCAGCCGGUUUAUUGCCGCCGCCGAAGACACGAAUAUACGUAUCGAAUGUCAAUGAAUAUGUUAGUGAAGACAAUCUAAUGAGUAUCUUUGAGGCAUUUGGUAAAAUAAAUGCGUGUGUGUUGAUGCCCGACCUAAUUACUAGAAAGCAUAAAGGAUAUGGGUUUAUUGAAUUUGAAGAUGGAAUGGCAGCUUCGACUGCUGUUGUGUCGAUGAACAAUUUUGAAUUGGGUGGAUUGAUAUUGCAUGUGGGCAAGGCAGUGAUUGGUGGUCCACUCCCUGAAGGAAUGAAAGCAAUCGAUAAGUUACCACCGCUGCCUGCUGGUAUGAGUCCCGCGAUACCGCUUGCUACGCCUUCCGUUUCUGCUGCAGCUGCCGCCGUAAAGGCACAGAAUGCUGCUGCUAAAAUAGCUGCGGGUCUGGCAGCCAGAGGACAAUCUGUCGUCGAGUCAGUAGCGCAGGAAGAGAACAUGAGUAUAAGUGCUAGUCAACGAUAUGCUAUAAUGCAGAAGCUGGCACGACAAGAAACAUCUCCUGUUAUUCUUAUACAAAAUGCGGUUGCUCCUAUGGAUGUUGAUGAUUCUUUAGAAGAGGAGUUCGAGGAAGAGUGUAGCAACUAUGGAAAAGUAAGUAAAGUUGCCAUAAACGUUGAUCGGGAAAGCAUUUUCGAAGGUGAACAAGGAGUGGUGAAAAUUUUUGUGCAGUUUGAAGAUGCAUCUGCUGCGGAUAAAGCAAGAGAAAAGUUAGACGGACGGUGGUUUGGUGGUCGUCGUAUCAAGGCAACGUUAUUCGAUCUGAAGAAAUUCCAGAAGGGAGAUUACUCUACAUGA